AUGUCUCUAGUGGGCGCCUUGCCUUUCCUGAAACCGCGCCUAUCCCCUUCUGUUUCUCCUGGGCGCCAAAGAAGACACACACUGCCAGCAAGCGAGUUCCGGCCGCUCAACACUCAAGAUGCCAUCAGCGUGUUCGAAAUCGAGAAAGAGGCCUUUAUCUCUGUGUCAGGAGACUGCCCGCUCCACCUUGAUGAGGUGCGUCAUUUCCUCAUGCUGUGUCCAGAGCUGUCCAUGGGCUGGUUUGAGGAGGGGAGACUAGUAGCCUUCAUCAUUGGGUCCCAAUGGGACCAGGACAGACUCACCCUAGACGCCCUAACUCUUCACAAGCCCAAAGGUUCCACAGUUCAUAUCCAUGUGCUGGCGGUCCACCGGACCUUCCGGCAGCAGGGCAAGGGUCCUAUCCUGAUGUGGCGCUACCUGCAGUAUCUACGCUGCCUGCCCUAUGUGCGCCGUGCAGUGCUCAUGUGCGAGGACUUCCUGGUUCCCUUCUACCAGAAGUCUGGCUUCAAGGUGCAGGGCCGCUGUUCCAUCACGGUGGCAUCACUGACCUUCACAGAGAUGCAGUACCCUGUGAGGGGCCAUGCACUGAUGCGGCGCAACAGUGAAGCUAUUGGUUUUCCUCAGACUGCGUUAUUAUUGGAGAAACAGACUCAGAGGCUUGAGUCUGUGUUAUUAUUGGAGGAACCGAUUCAGAGAAGUGAGACUGCAUUGUUAUUGGAGGAACAGACUCAGAGGACUGAGCCUGAUCCUGCUGAUGUGUAA